ACCAUUUCAGUUUUUCUCCCUCUCUCCUCAAAUCUGUGUCAGCUUUGCCUUGUUUGCCUUGUUUGCAUGUUUCGUUCUUCUCUGCCUUGCGGACUUUUGGUUGUGACUUGUUGGUCACUGUUCUUGAGUCAUGGCAGCCAAGAAACUAUGCGAGUCGUUCUCUAAGGCCUUGAUCGAAGAGGUGCACAGAUGGGGCUGUAUGAAACAAACUGGUGUGAGCUUGAGAUACAUGAUGGAGUUUGGGUCGAAGCCCACUGAGAAGAAUUUGCUCAUAUCUGCUCAGUUCCUUCACAAGGAGCUUGCUAUAAGAAUUGCCAGGAGGGCCAUUGAGCUUGAGAAUUUGCCUUAUGGUUUGUCUAAUAAGCCAGCUGUUUUGAAGGUACAAGAUUGGUAUUUGGAUUCUUUCCGUGAUCUGCGGUGCUUUCCAGGGAUAAAGGAUACAAGUGAUGAGUUGGCUUUCACAGAAAUGAUUAAGAUGAUCAAAGUAAGGCACAAUAAUGUUGUUCCAAUGAUGGCUUUGGGUGUUCAGCAGCUGAAGAAAGACUCGACUCCGAAGGUGAAGUUUGUUCCUGAGGGUCUUGAUGAGAUUCACCAGUUUCUUGAUCGUUUUUACAUGUCAAGAAUUGGGAUUCGCAUGCUUAUUGGGCAGCAUGUGGCUUUGCAUGAUCCCAAUCCACCACCUGAUGUUGUAGGUUAUAUACAUACUAAACUGUCUCCCGUGGAGGUAGCACGAAAUGCUAGUGAGGAUGCCCGCGCUAUUUGUUUACGAGAGUAUGGAAGUGCACCUGAUGUUAACAUAUACGGAGAUCCCAGUUUUACAUUUCCGUAUGUUCCAACACAUUUGCAUCUUAUGGUAUUUGAGUUGGUUAAGAAUUCUUUGCGUGCUGUUCAAGAGCAAUUUAUGAACUCAGAAAAAGUUGCACCUCCAGUUAGAAUCAUAGUUGCUGAUGGAAUAGAGGAUGUUACAAUAAAGAUCUCAGAUGAAGGUGGUGGGAUACCAAGAAGUGGCCUUCCAAAGAUAUUCACAUAUCUUUAUAGUACAGCAAAAAACCCAUUGGAUGAGCAUUCAGAUAUUGUAUCAACCGAUGGUGUGACAAUGGCUGGAUAUGGAUAUGGGCUUCCAAUAAGUCGCCUCUAUGCUCGUUAUUUUGGAGGUGAUCUGCAAAUUAUCUCAAUGGAAGGAUAUGGGACGGAUGCAUACCUUCAUUUGUCUCGCCUGGGAGAUUCUCAAGAACCACUGCCAUGAUUCUGUAUCCCAGCUCAAGCAUCUAACAUAUUUGUUCUGUGGUUUUCCACUACUUUAUUCAAGAAUGUAAAGGUUUACAUUGUCAUCUAUUUAAGGAAAUUGGGCUGUUAGAUUCUCAUAUACAUGUGGUUGAGUUGGCAGCCUUGUUGUUCAUUGUUUCUCUCGAUCAUAGUUUAGCAGGUAAAUGAAGAUACUCCAUUUUCACAA